UGGCCUACGUAACUCUGUGGGCGAUGUGACAGCUGUGUGUUUUGAGGCGAGGGGAGGAGCCGCGGCCUGACCUGACCCUCGAGGCUGAAGGAGAGCGAGACGAGGAGGAAGAACAGUCAACCCAGCCACCAAACCACUGAAAAAGAAGAGGAGAAAAGGAAGGAGAAGAAGAAGAAGAGCCAGCCCCCAUAAGCACUGAGGAGUAAUAAUAAUAAGACAAGGACCAGCCAGCCCCCCAAACCACUGCAGGAGAGGCCGAUGAUACAUGACCUCGUGACCUGCUUGUGACCCGGGGACAUCCAGAGGACCAUAAAGACCAGCUGAGGCUGCAGAGGACCGAGUGCUGAGUGAGGGGCUGAGCGGCCGUCCCUAUAGUGCGUCAGGAUGAGUCUGGUGCAGGUCAUCAAGAACUAUGUGACCCGGAUGAUCAAGGAGAGUGAGCCGGGCUACAAGAUCAUGCUCAUGGACAAGGAGACGACCUCCUUCGUGAGUGUGGUCCUGGGCAUGAGUGAGGUGAUGCGCCAGGAGGUGUACAUGUUUGAGCGCCUGGACCAGACCAGCUCCGGGGAGAACAUGUCUUACCUCAAGUGCCUGGUGUUCGUGCGGCCCACCAGGGAGAACAUUGACCUCCUCGUGCGGGAGCUGCAGCGCCCACGAUACGGCACCUACUACAUAUACUUCAGUAACGUGGUGAGCAAGAGUGACGUGAAGCUGCUGGCGGAGGCUGACGAGCAGGAGGUGGUGAGGGAGGUGCAGGAGCUGUACGCCGACUACCAGGCCCUCUCGCCACACCUCUUCUCCCUCAACAUGCUCACCCAUAGUCAAGGUCUUAAGUGGGCGAGCGGAGCCUUGCAGCGGACGGUACAGGGAGUGGCGGCCGUGCUCUUCAGCCUCCAGGUCCUUCCCUCCAUCCGCUACCAGAACAACUCAGAGAUGGCGAGGGUCCUGGCAGAGAACGUGCGGCAAACCAUCCUCAACGAGAGUUCGCUGUACAACUCUCCUGAUGCCGAGGGGAACACUCUCCUCCUGAUCCUGGACCGCCGAGACGAUGCUGUCACGCCUCUCCUGCACCAGUGGACGUACGAGGCCAUGGUUCACGAGCUGCUUGGGGUGGCCAGCGGGAGGGUCAGUCUGGCGCAUGUGGCGGGUGUGGCGGACGACCUGAAGGAGGUGGUCAUGUCCCCAGCGCAGGAUGAGUUCUAUGCACAGAGCAUGUACCUCAACUACGGGGAGAUCGGGCAGACCAUCAAGGACCUUAUGGAAGAGUACCAGAAGCGCCUCUCCAAGCAGCAGAAGGUGGAGAGCAUCAGCGACAUGAAGCACUUUGUGGAGAGCUACCCGCAGUUCAAGAAAAUGUCGGGCACCGUUAGCAAGCAUGUGACUGUGGUGGGGGAGCUGUCGCGUCUCGUCGGCAGCCACACCCUGCUGGCCAUCUCAGAGUGUCAGCAGGAACUUGUGUGCGGCUCGGACCACUCGGCCAACCUACAGAGGAUCAGGCAGCUGGUGACGGAUCCGAGGGUGCGGGAGGUGGACGCCGCAAUCCUGGUGAUGCUGUACGCCCUGCGGCACGAGGGUCACCCCAACACCGACCUCAAGGGGCUGGUGUCUGCGCUCAACAAGAGGAACGUCAGUGACCGGUACCUCAAGCUGUUGUCGUCCCUCAUGGAGUUUGGGGGGGCCAGGGCGCGGCAGAGUGACCUGUUUGGCACCCAGCUCCCCCAGGACGUCUCGGCUAUUAGGAAACGCUUCUUUAAGGGCCUGAAGGGUGUGGACAACGUGUACACCCAGCACAAGCCGCUGCUGCUGGAGACACUGGAGGACCUCAUGCGGGGGCGGCUGAGGGAGGGAGCCUUCCCCUUCUGUGGCAACUCACCCUCACAGAUGACGGCCAGCAGGCCGCAGCACGUGGUGGUGUUCGUGGUGGGCGGCGCCACCUACGAGGAGUCGCUGGCCGUGCACCAGUUCAACGUGAAGAACACCAACGUGAGGGUCAUCCUGGGCGGCUCCACCUUGCACAGCUCCUCCUCCUUCCUCUCGUCGGUGGAGGCUGCCAUGGAGGGCGUGCCGGGCAAGACGCUGAGGCUAUGAGCACAGGCAUGACAUAGAUAGCGCUCAUAAUAGUGCUGGAACAAUAUAUAUGAACAAGAUCCUCCUCAGACUGAAGCAAGGAAGGAGUGAAGUGACAACCUGUAGGACCCCUUUCAAGAGUCACUGGUGGUCCUCCCUAGCAGAUCCUCAGGCUGUGAAGGAAGGGAGGAGGUGGUCAUUGAGGCCCUAAGUGCAGGAUCAAAGGUACAUGGUAGUCGCCAGGCCCGGCAGCUUGUCCCCUCAGCCCUCCACGCCCUCCCUGGAACGGUCAUUAAUUGGUUGAGGUUAUUUUUGUGUUACGAGAGAAAGAUGUCAAACUAAUCACAUGUUAAGAGGAGGGUGGAGGUGACACUAGUUUGGAGAGGAGAUAAGAGGGCUGCAGGGCUGAUGGGACAAGCUGCCAGAAGUUGAGAGAGAUUGUGAAGUUAAGGGAAGUUGAAGUUGAGAGAGGUUGGAGAUGACACUGGCCUGAGAGAAUGGGUGAGGAAGGGAGGAGAUAGGGAGAGAAGGUGAGGGAGAAGAGAGAACAGGGAGAGAAGGGAGAGAUGAGUGGAUGACUUGAGAGAAAGGGUGAAGGAGAGUGAGGGAGAGAAGAUGAGGGAGAAGAGAGAACAGGGAGAGAAGGGAGAGGAGGCGAGUGGAUGACUUGAGAGAGGGUAAAGGAGAGUAAGGGAGAGAAGAUGAAGGAGAAGAGAGGACAGGGAGAGAGGGGAGAGAAUGGCUUGAGAGAGAGGGUGAAGGGGAGAGAACAGGGAGAGAAAGGGAGGGAAACGAGAGGACUGGGUGAGGAAAGGGAAAAGGGAGAGGGUGAAAGAGAAAGCAUAAGAGGAAAGAGGAUGAAGGAAAGGACUGGGAGAGAAAGGGAGGGAAGGGAAAAGGGAGAGGGUGAAAGAGGAUGAAGGAAAGGACAGGGAGAGAAAGGGAGGGAAGGGAAAAGGGAGAGGGUGAAAGAGGAUGAAGGAAAGGACAGGGAGAGAAAGGGAGGGAAGGGAAAAGGGAGAGGGUGAAAGAGGAUGA